AGCCUUGCUAUCAUUCCAGUUUCCGACAAAUGAAAAGAGAAAGAAACAUAAUAAUAAAAUUUUUUUUGCAACAUUACCUUGUUGAAAUUAGACUAUAGUGACAUGGCGCCAGAAGAAUAUAAAAAAGGACAUUUUGACAUAGAGUCAUGCAUUGAGGAAAAAUGGAAAGGGCUAUCUGAAUUUGCCCAUGAACAGCUUUCUCUAACUAAUGCAAAGAAGAAUCCAAAACUUGCUGAAUUUUAUGAAAAGGUAAAGAAUGAUUCCGCUUGGGUAAGCCUAAGAAAUCAUACAGGGGACAAAAGUAAUACGAUACCUCAACAAGAAACUAAUAAUAUUAAGCAAAAAUUUGGAAGUGAAAACCCUGAAAUUAGUAUAAAUUUUAAUCAUAAGGAAGAAAACCAAGAGAUGCCCAAAAUAAAAGAACUCACUCAACAACAAGAAGCAAGAUUUGAACUCAAAUGUACUGAAAGAGUUAAGGAUAUGAUUAAAAUUAAUGAUGAGAUUGGUAAACAUAUUAAAAGCGAUGCAUCUUCCUUAUUUGAAUUCUUUGAUUCAUCUAAUACCUUGCUAAGACAACACACAAAACUGGUAAUGGAGCAUCCAAGUAAGUCAGAUAUACUACGUAUUGCCAAUGGAUUCUGUGAAGAUUACUUUGAUGAAUUAAUGACUAUUGGGGACACGGAAACCAUUGAUGAUUAUAUUAAUAAGAUGGAAUAUUAUUUUGAAAGAGAGCUUGUGGAUAUUUUUGAUUCUUCACAUCUUACUAAUCACGGGAUUGUUGACAUGGUUUAUAAGAAGAGUUCCAUGAUUCAAUCAAGUCUAGAGGUAGAUGAAGAUGACGUCGAUGACCUCGCCAACAAGUUAGAAGGAAUCAAUGAAUUAAACACAACCAAAUUAUUAAAUAACAUUUACUUUUUUUGUGAAAGAUUUAAAGUUAUCACCGACAAAGCUUUGAAAAUAUCCAAUGGACAGAGGCUAGGUGAUAUUUCAGCAAGUUUGAGAGAAGACUUCAAAAUAAUUGUUAUUGAUUGUCAUAGAACAACUUGUAUUUUCAUUGAAAACGCUCUAGAUAUUAUCAAACAUGGUUUGAUACAUCCGAAGAGAUCUUUCCAAACAUCUGCCGAGUCUAUUAUAAGAGAGGCUAAAGGAAGUGAUAAAUCAAAAAUUAGAAUUCCAAAGUCUCUUCUUACCAAGGAUAUCCCUGAAUCUAUAGCACCACCACGAAAUACAAACAAGAAUCUUCACAAAAAUCCAGUUGAAGCCAGGAAUCAUAUUUUGAAAGUACAAGACUAUUUUGAAAAAUAUUUUGUUCAUCCAAAACAUUGGUCAAUUGUUUUAGCUGAUUCAAUCCAAGAAUUUGUCCUGGAAAAUAUCCCACAGCAUUUUAAGCACGACGGUAAUUACAUUAUAGGAACCCUUCUUCAAGAGUUCAAUUAUGAUUUUGCAGCAUAUGAAGAAUUACAGAAAUUGAAUGUUAUCUUUCCUCAUCCCAAGGAGCAACCUCGUGAUUUUAUGAAUAGAUGUCUUUCUGUCAUUGAGAAAUUCGAAUUCAAUUCAAAUUCUAAUGCACUUGAACUAAUCCAAACUAAUAUAUUGAAAUUUAUAUCCAAUUCAGAGUUUCCUAUAAUGGCCAAUAAAAUCAAAGCUGCCAAAACAAUUGACGAACUAAAUGAAAUUAUGGAUUGUUCUGUGCGUCCUCUUAACGCUGGAAAUCCGCGGGAAUGCAGAAAAUUACUAUCUCGUGAACUCAAUAAAAUUGACCACUCAUUCAAUGACCCCAACAGGGAUGAGUUGAGCCGUGCCAUUAAAAGUAUGCUAGAAAUAGCUUUAACUGAAAGUGCUGCAAAUGAAAAUAAAAAAACCAUGUCACGUGAUUUUCUCACGAAGGAGAAUGUACGGAGGUUUCCUUUGAAGUCUUUUUCGAGAUUUUGAUUGGUAAAUUUGAAAUUUCUUUCGUUCGGUUCUUUUAAAUUUGGACGAAGGACUUAGUAUAGAAUAUAUAUUCAGCAAAGAUGAUGAUUCGUGCAGCCAGCCGUAGUACUGUUCGUAAAGUACCAACCACUCGUGGGAUCAGCUGUUCUUCCAUUCUUAAACAAGCCGAGACCCCAAUUGUGAAACCAAAUACUUCACCAUCUAAACCACCAGGGAAUAAGAAGAAGUUUUCCUUUACUAAAUUUUUAUUUCAAACUACAGUGUUUGCAGCUACUGUUUACGGGGCUACAUUGUAUGCAGCCACUAAAAAUGAUAAAGUCUUAGAUUUUGUUAUUGACCAGCAAUUGCCAUACCAUGAAGAGUUAUUAGAUUUAAUU